AUGUUGACUUUAAAGAAGGAAAAAUCAGUAACCGAAAUAGAAAGAGAAAAAAGACAAGAAUUACGAAAGAAACUUAAAAAACUUGGCGAAUGCGACGAGAUAGUGUCAGUUGAAACAAUAAAUGCAAUUGGUCGAGUAACAGAGGAUGUUGUUGCUGCUGAUGGCAAUGCAUCGAGUAGCGAUGAAUUAGAUGAGGAUCUCGAAGAGGAAUACCAAAAUCUAAACGAUAUUCUCGACUUACCUGACGACACUUAUUCGCUUACUACAAUAAAACCGGAAUUACCAGCUUGCGUAAAGUAUGGGAUACGUUCUGGCCUUACUCAUUUGAACAUGCUCAAAUUUUCACCACUUUCUCGAGGUCAUCAGGGUGGAGCUAUAGCAGUCACUGCGUUUGCAACAACAGCAGUAUACAAAUCAAGAUGUUGGAACGAAUCUGUAAUAGAUCAAAUUAUCGAAGAUGGUGAUACGUUUUAUUGUGAAUCUUAUGCAGAUAUAAAAACUGAUGAUCGUCGACGUUUAUCGAUUUUGGAUUUAAAAAGAGACGUAUUUGUUCAAAAUAAAUUAAACGUUAACGUAACGAUCAAGGAUCCAUCUUACGCAGGCAAGUUUCGUUCGCAAGAUCCAACCGAAUUGCAUUUAGUCAAAGCUUUGGAACUGUUUUUUAAAAGACACAAUUCUGGAAUUUUGACCUCGUCAGUACUGAACUUGGCUAUUUGGAAAGAACCAAGAUAUUUUAAUAUAUUUGAUGGUCAAGCUAGGAAAGAGACUUGCGAGCCAGUUAAAGAUGGGGAAGAUGGUUCGGCUAAAUUAUUUUUAGUCAAAGAUUUGAUAGGUGUUUAUUUUAUAAUUCUUGAAAAGAGUAACGUUAAAAACGAACCAUUUGUACUUUAUCCAAUAUUGAUCAGCGGCGUUGAAGCAUUUUCUUUAGCCGAUGAUCCAGACGAACCUGAAAAAUCAUUAGGCAAACCGCAAAGACGACCAAGUGGAUAUAAAAUUCAAGAAAAAUUUCGAGCUGUCGUACAAGGAUCUUAUCAUUUGAUGCAUCCUGCCAUACCUGAAUUACUUCGUGGCCGUGGCCAUCUUAUAAUAGCACUUGCCGCUAUAGUUUAUUCUUGUUUGGUCAGUGGCAACAAGUGGACUACCGCUUUGAUCGAUUUGAUCUUUAAUCAAUCUAAUAUAUAUCUAAUCGAUCUCGUUAGAGUAUUAGAAAAAAAUCUAGAAGACGAAGAAUUCGAAUUACGUUUGGACGAUGUCAUGGGUGAUCUAAUUUUAGGUGUUUACUCGGCGAAAAUAAAAUUACGUCCAAAUGUAAUUCCUGGUUCUGGUAAAAAAAAAGGUAAACUUGCAAUAGAUAGUGGAAUACGUGAAUUCUUCGAAACUCAAACUGCAGGUAUAUUAGAUAUUAAAAAAUUCUUUUAUGCCAUCUGGAAGGAAAAUGACACAUAUUAUUUCAUGGAUCCAUUUGCUUGCGACGAGGAAGGAUUUCGAAUAAAUUAUAACGAAGAACGACAGAAGGUUUAUGGUGCUAGAGAUGCCGCAUGCGUUACUAUGAACAGUUCUAUUAAUCAAUUGGUCGAAACUAUUUUAGAAAAUACUCUUAGCAAAGACAGAGAUCCAUUUUUGAUUCAUGGUAUAAAAGUACUUUACGUGAAAACUGGAAUGGUGCGCGAUGGUCCAUUUGAAAAAGUGAUAUAUCGUGAAAAAGGUACUAAUCGUAGACCUUCUGCGUCAUUGAUUCAACAUUCUAAAGAAAUUGAAGAAAAGAAGUUAGACAUGACACCUAAAAUACGAUUAGAAUUAGACGAAUGUCAAGAUGCCGAAACACAGUUUCCAGAUUUAAUGAGUAAUAUAAAUGAGUAUAUGUUUACGGAUGACGAGCCAAGAACAAAAGAUGAUGAAGAUGAAUCGAUCUUAGAUUCUAAAAUAAAACAAAUCACUGGUUACAACGUGAUCAAUCCUCAUCGGUUGAUAGUACAGGGUACAAAAAAUUGCUUGCAUCCUGAUUAUAAAGCUCGUUAUAGAGGUAGACAAGGUUUGAUCAUUGCAUUGGUGGCUUUGGCAUACAGAAAAUUAAAGAAUCCAUCAUCAUGGAGAAACAUUGAUCUUGAUCAGAUAAUAGAUAUAGGUAACAAAACUUACGAGGAUGUUAUUGAUUGGAUAAAGGAAGCGCCAAGUCAUCUAGAUUUAUCAAUGCUACCGGUUAAAUUAAAAUUCGCCGAAAACGACGUGAUUUUUAAAUCAAGAAUGAAUUUGUUAAUCGGCGAAGCUCAUCCUUUGGCGAAUUUAGCCGAAGCAUUAGAAUGUUAUUUCACUGAUUACACGGAAUUGGUUUUAGAAAAUAAUAAAUUAAUGUACGGCAUAUGGAAAGAUAAUGAUAAAUACUUUUUAUUUAAUCCUUAUGGAAGUGAUGAAGAAGGCUGGAGACUUUUAAAUUAUCCUGUAUCAUUCGUAGUUGUUGACACACUUAACGAACUUACCGAUGUUCUUUAUGGUGUAUUAGAAUAUAACGACAAUGAUUUUAUUAUUCAUUUUGUCGUAUUGGAUUCGAUCCAACCUGGUAAAUAUGCGGUCUCCGAAUCAAUUGAAAUUCCAGGUGAUACUAUGGUCAAAAAGUUCCAAACCAAAUUUUUACCGAUUACCGAUGAAGAUCUAUUACAAUUAGAGAAAGAUGAUAAACCAGCAUUAACCGAAAUUCCAUUUGAGAGAGAUAUUAUGUCACCGGAUGAUGAGGAAAGAGGAGAGGAAGAAGGUGAGGAAGAAGAAGAAGAAGAAGAAGAAGAGGAAGAAUAUGAAGAUGAAGAGGAAGGCAAAGUCGAAGCUCAUUUAAGGGCUCUGGAAAAAGCUGAAAAGAAACCUAUCAUUUGUCCAUUAUUGAUAAUUGAAGAAAAGGAUCAACCUGAUGCUCCUUAUCGUUUGAAUUUAACUUUGUUAACUGGCAGUGUUAAAGUACAAACUGACGUUGAACUUAUUCAAAAGAUCGUACAUCCAGAAAGAAUUUUAGAAAAAUUAAAAUACACUCAUCCACCUCCUUACGUGAUGCCAUCAAAAGCAACACUUGGUAUCCUUCUCGAAGCAAAACGUGCUAAAAGAUCCGUUCACUCUUUGGUAUCUAGGUUUUCAAUCGAUUCUAGAUUAGAAGUUAAGAAGAAAAUAGGUAUUUCUGGGAUAUAUGUACAAAAUAAAUCUCUUAUUUUAUCUGUUUCGGAAAAAGAAGUUAAGCCAGCUAAAAUGAUCAAACUUAACGACAGCAGUUAUCUUUAUUCGCGUGUUUUACCAAUUUAUUUGAUGCCACUUAGAGCUAUCAAUGACAGAUAUAUUCAAAAUGUCGAUUUAGAAAAAGAUGAUUCUUUAAUAUACAAAGAUCAAGGUGAUGGUUUCGAUUUAGAACAAAUUCCUGAAAUACCAAUAGGAAUUCGUAUAAUGCCUGAAUUAUUACCACUUGGUCCUACUAUUAAAACACCGACUUAUGUUAAAAAAUCCAUUUUUUGUAUCGAAAAGAAAAAACGUAAGUGUUUAUUGUCGAAAAUGGAAAAAGAAGAACCUAUCAUGAAGAAAAUAAUUUGUGAUACUGAAAAUGUACUCCUUGAAAUGAUGUUUCCGAAUUUUAAAGCGUUUGAUCAAGAAGAUGAAAUACAAAAACCACAAAUAGAUAUUGAAGACAAAAUAGAAAUCAAAGCUGUUAAAAAAACGAAAGAUCAAAAAGAAAAAGUACUUUUUGAAAAGGAAGAUGAAGGAUUUAAGUAUUUAAAGGUGGUCAACGAUAAUGUUGCUAUACUUCGGUCGAACAUGCGUCUUGAAAAUCGUGCCGAGAUCGAAUCUUGUCACUUCAAGGCUUGUUAUUUUGCUGCUAUAUUGUGUUUAUUAGGAAAAAUUCGAUUGAACAUUGAUCAGUUUCGUGGAAUAAAUUUAGAUGAAUUUAUUUACAUGGCUAACAAAAUUUAUCAACGCGUAGGUAAACUUCGAUAUAAACCUCUCAGAUGGUUCCAUAAUUUUGAAAUCCUCGACACAAAGUAUACUGUAAUUAUGAAACAAGCUGUAUAUGCCGAUCCUGAAAACUGUGAAGCUGAUAAAUUUCAAAAUGCUAUGGAAAGUUUUAUGGAAAAUAAUGAAUCUGGUAUAUUAGUUACAUCAAAUAUUUCUUACGGUUUUUGGAAAGAUAAUGAUCGAUAUUAUCUUUUCGAUCCUUAUGCUUGUGACGAGAAUGGUAAAUCCAAUGAAGAAGGAUAUGCUUGUUUGAUGGAAUUUUGUGAUUUAUCGUCGAUGUUAGAUAGGAUCGAAGAAAAUGUAGGAGGAUCUAUAGAUCAACCUUAUCGAUUAUAUACCAUGUUUAUCUCACAUAUGGAAACGAAACGUCGAAAAAGGAGGAAGAAAAAGAAAACUCAAUAUUGUAUCGAAAAAGUUAAAGAAGAAGUACCUCAAGAGGAGUCAACUGAUUUAGAAGAAAUAAGAAAAAGUGAUUCAGAAACGUCAUUAAUCGAAUCGACAGAAUGGAUCACAGCAGAACGUAAAUUGGAUGUUGUACAUGACAUGACUAUACCAGGAUUCUCCCCUAUUCGAUACUACGAUGCUUCGAUGUUAGACGUAAUCGUAUUAGAAGAUGAAAUAACCAGGCCAUUAUUAGCACCGUUUAAAACAAAUAUUGAAAGAUAUGUAAAUGAGAAUAUUGAUUCAUACGAAUUGGUUAAAUUAAUGAUAAGAAAAAAACCAUACGAUAGAAAAUUUAAAGAACACGUUUCAGUUAUUACACCUAUAGAUCUUUGCAUAAUGGCUUGGUCAUUGAUCCAUGAUCCUGUACUAUGGUCUGUACGAAUUAUCAGAGGCUUGUUCGAAGCUAGUUGCGACUAUACGUUUGAUAGUAUAUUGGCAACAGAAGAUUCGACUGUUAGUAACAUGUCUGAUGGUCUUUUACCUGAAUUUGAGAUUGCUAAUUAUGUAUUUCAUCCUGUAUUUGUACCAUUGCAUUAUGGAACUCUUUAUGCCAUCGAGGGAUGGAAUUUAGCAAUGUCUUUAAAAUACGUCUUUGAUAGUCCUGCUUAUACCGGUGCAAUUAUUGUUUGUGAAGAUAGUCACAUAGGUGUUACCAAGACUAAUGAUAAUUAUUUUGCUUGGUGGGUAAUCAAAAAAACUAAAAUAUUACGAAUAAUCACUUCAACGAAUAUAAAGGAAUUUUUGAGGAUUAUCGUAAAGGAGAUCAAUCAAGCUAAAGAGAUCCAAUUUGUUAUGAGAGUCGUAACAAUUUCCUAUGCAAAAAAGCUAGAUCCUGAUUGCAGCGAUGUUAAAGGAUUACACGAAUUUAUUAUACCUACGACAUCUUUAGCUGAAAUACAUAAAAUGGAAGCAGAGCCAUAUGACUUAGAAGCAAUAUUCAAACCUACUGUUCCAGAAACCAAACCAAUUUUCAUAAUAGGAACCGUUGCUCUAAGUGAUCGAGAAACUAUUAAAGAGCCUAGAGUAAAACGUUGCUAUUUCGUAGCAAUUUUAGCUGUUAUGUUUAAAAGGGAUAUCAUUCAGAGUCCUCUUCCAGGAAUGAUAGAUAAAAUAAUUGAAGUUGCUGAAAAUCUUUACAGGGAAUAUCACGAACCAAAAUUUCAUACCGAACACAUUUUGAGGAACAUUACAUUGAUGAAUAGAAUUUUUGAUCUUCGAGAUUGUGCAUCUUGUUUGGUACCAUUUACUAUUGAUCCUCGUACCGAUCGAAAUGAUUUUUAUGUUCAAGUAAGGAAAUAUUUAAAGAAACACUUUGUGAAAUAUAGUAGUGGUAUCAUACAAUUUACUAAUUGUUGCUAUGGAUUUUGGUAUUCAAGAUCAACAAAUUCCUAUUAUUACUUAGAUCCUUAUCAAUGCAACGAUAAAGGAAGAAAAGAAUCGACCAAUGGCGUGGCUUGUUUGUGUAUCUUUUCAAGUAUUUGUCAAAUGGUCAAAAACAUGUGUUUCAAUCAAAUAGAAGAGUCAACAGGAUUUUUUAUUCAUCGACUUCACGUUGAUUCAGUUAACGUGUCCCCAUCAAUCGAAUUUCAAGAAGAUCCAAUGUGGAUUUAUUUAGAUUAUCAUUGGACUUUUGAUCAUGCACCAGAAAUAAUUAAAAUUGAUAAGAAAUCUUUGAAAAAGAGACAAAAGAAGAAACGUAACAAUAACGAGGAAGAAAAAGAGAAACAAAUGAAAUUAUAUUGGAACAAUUAUGCUAUAGAAGUAACAGAUUUAAUAUAUUCGAUUUGGGGUACGAUCGGUUGCUAUGAUUCUAGGUUUGGUAAUCGUGCUGGUAAAAAUCAAGCAGCUAUUUGCGUAGCUGUAUUAGCUAUGCAAUAUUUAAGUCAUCCAUCGAGAUGGAAUCCUGCUGUAUUAGAUUCAGCAGUUAUAUGCGGGGACUCUUAUUAUACCGAAAGUUUAAAGAGUUCAAUAAAAAAAUGUUCGAAACAUUUAAAUAGAUUCAAUUUACAGCAUUGUUUCAAAAUAUUUCCCCACGUAUGGAAGAUCAAUUUUUCAAAACCUAUUUGCGGUAUUCUUUAUGGUGGUCGUAACAGAUUAACUCUAGCCAAUGCUUUGAAAAGUGCAUUCGACGAUGCACCAAAUAUUUUAAUCGAGUGUAACAAAAUCACAUUAAGUGCUUUGCUCUCUAAAGAUGGAUAUUACGUAGGUGAUCCUUGUUGGAUUGGUCCACCAUUAUUUAAUAAAGAUCGUGGUGCUAUUUAUGUUUUACGUUGUAAAAAUUUAAACUCUUUUGUCUAUGCCGUUACGAAAAUUUUGAACUCUAAUCAAAGAUUAGAAUUUUUUAUAACACCUAUGAUAUUUACUUUCGAACAAGAGAACUUUAAGUUGAACGGUAGCAAAGGACAUGCCGCAAGAAGGAAAAUACUUUUCGAAUCUGUACAAACUACUCCAGGAAAAGUAGAAGGAUGUGAUGUAUCAAUUCCAGGAGGUCAAACUGUAACUGAUGUUGAUUCUUAUUUAUGGUAUCGUAAGAAUUUAGGUCUUGCCAUGGAAAAAGCUCAUGAAUUGGAAAAUCCUCAAUUACCCUCUCUAGCUCCUCAAUUAAAAAAGGAGAAUUUGAAUAGUAUGCUUGUUAGUACUACGUGGCAUCUUAAUUUAGGCCAAUCCAAACGUAUAAAGAAAUCAUAUCCACUAUUCGAUCCUAAAUCUUUAGAACACGUUUCUGAUGAAUGCGAAAAUAAGUUGGUUGCUACUUUCAAAGCACGUUAUCCUCCGAAAAUGUCGAUCUCUGAUAGACUUAAAGUUUGCGAUGAUUAUCCUAAUGAAAUUGAUUUUAUGAGUCAUUUGAGCAGAUCUACGAUCAUACGAAAAUUCGAUCCGAAUUCUAGUGCUGGCACUUCGAUGAUUAGUAGACCAUUGGAUUGUUCCAAGCCACGUAGUUUUAUUUUGGAUGAUAGUCGUAUUGAAUUUAAUAGAUUGACAACCGAUAUGACCGAUGAAAUUUAUAAAACUUAUCAACAUCGUGUACCUCGUGAUGAAAAGGAAGAUAUCGUUGAGGACGAUUUUUUGAAAGAGAAUGAUUUCGAAGAUGCAAUGGAUGAAGGGACGAUUUAUUAUGAAGGUGAAGAAGAAACUGAUGCUACUAUAAUGGACGAAACUAUGACAGAUGAUGAAUAA